AUGGACAAGCCGAAAUGGUACAGAGACAUGCAGUCCGCUGUUGGUCACCUGUUCGAUGAACACGCCAGACAGGCUGAAGUGGAAACUGAAGUGGAAACGCAGGCUCAGGCGGGGCUUUUGGAGAGUGAAGGUGGCGAGACCGAUGCUGAGGUCAACGAUUAUGGUUCCUUUGGGAAAAGGUCAAUCCGCUCCUUGGGUACGCAGCGAAAGAAAGCCAAGACAAUCAGGCUUGUUGGCAUAGUAUGGACCGUCCCAUACUGUCUCCGAAUGUGGAAACUGUCAGACAAAACGCCAUCCGGAAAUAAUGGGCUUCGACAACGCGCACAAUACAAACCGCUUCAAGCUGCUGCUCUUUCAGAUUAUGGGGCAGACCUGUCGGAAAGCACGUGUGGCACCAAGAUAACUGCAAUUGUGUUGUUGUUCUUGUUGAGUUCAAUCUGA